CUGCCGUGAGCGGAGAGUUCGCACGUGAUUUAUCUGCGGCCGCGGCCAACUUGUCACUGUCCUGCGCAGGCCGAUAACACAGAUAACGCGGUGGAAGCAAAAUGAGCCUGAUAACUCCAAGCGCGGCGCGACCGAACGGUGUCCUUCUCUCCCCCUUCUCCUACUCUUCACGAUGAUCCUCACCGGCGCGUUCCCCGCGUUCCUGACACUCGUCUUGUCCGCAACAGCACAGGCGCACCAGGAGUCGGACUUCUUCUACUCGCAGCAGCGACCGCUUGGGCAACAACGCCUCAUGCAGGACGGCGUCGACAUCUCGCACGAGCCCUGGGCGCAGAAGUACGGCCUGCAGCCCGACAUCGGGUACACCGGCCCCCUCAGCUUCUCGCACGUCCCAUACACGCGAUGCCUCGAGGACGGCAGCGUUGCGUUCGACAUCGGGCUGCUGGGCAUGCCGUUCGAUACGACGACGUCGUACCGCCCCGGCGCGCGGUUCGGGCCGUUUGGGAUCCGCGCGGGGUCGCGCAGGCAGGGGUUGGACCGCGGGUCGUUGGCCUGGGGCGGUGUGAGUCCCGUCGAGCAGGGCGCUUCGAUCUUGGACUGCGGUGAUGUAUGUCGGGUGGCAUUUCGUACCUGUGGCGAACACGGACAAUAUGAUGGCUAUUGACCAGAUGGAGACCGCAUACUACACCCUGAUCUCACGUGAGGUCAAGGGCGGCGUGUCGGCUGAGUACAGGCCAAGUACUGCGCAUCUCGCACUCGAUGGGAACGAGCAUCCGAGGCUGGUAACCCUUGGCGGUGAUCAUACAAUU